AUGGCUGACGCUACCUACCCCCCUCUCGAGGAGCGUCCCCUCAAGGACACCAUCUGCCUCUUUGACGUCGACGGCACCCUGACGCCUGCCCGUCUGGAUGCCUCCCCCGAGAUCCUCGCCAUCCUGCGCGCCCUGCGCCAAAAGUGCGCCAUCGGCUUCGUCGGCGGCUCCGACCUCGCCAAGCAGGAGGAGCAGCUCGGCGGGCCCGCCGGCGCCCCCGUCACCAGCCUCUUCGAUUUCUGCUUCUCCGAGAACGGCCUGACCGCGUUCAAGCUCGGCCAGGCGCUGCCCUCGAACAGCUUCAUCGAGUGGAUCGGCGAGGCCCGCUACCAGGAGCUCGUCAACUUUGUCCUGCGCUACGUCGCGGACCUCGAGAUUCCCGUCAAGCGCGGCACCUUCGUCGAGUUCCGCAACGGCAUGGUCAACAUCAGCCCGGUCGGCCGCAACGCGAGCAACAAGGAGCGCAACGAGUUCGAGGCGUACGACAAGGAGGCCAAGGUGCGCGAGAAGUUUGUCGCCGCGCUCAAGGAAAGGUUUGGCCAUCUCGGCCUGACCUUCUCCAUCGGCGGCCAAAUCUCGUUCGACGUCUUCCCCACUGGCUGGGACAAGACCUACUGCCUCAAGCACCUCGAGGACGAGGCCAAGAAGCCCGGCGGCAUCGCCUACAAGAACAUCCACUUCUUCGGCGACAAGACGGCCAAGGGCGGCAACGACUACGAGAUCUACGAGGACCCCCGAACUAUCGGCCACUCGGUCAAGGGACCUGAGGACACCAUGACCAUCCUCAAGGAGGUCUUUGGUCUGUGA